AGAGAGAGAGAGAGAGAGAGAUGGUGUGAGGAGUCCCCUGAUUUCGCCACGUGCUGAGCAGUGAGAGGGGCUGUGGUAUGGUGAGCCCAUAGGCCCUCUCAGCUAUUGGGCCGGGUGGUGGGCCCAGCAUGGGAAAAGAAGGAGAAAGGUUGGGGGGGGGGACAUGUAGGGCCUAAGAGUUUGGUUUAUAUGUGUGUUUCUCUUCUCUCCUCAAGCCUCUCAAACUCUUUUCUCCUCCGGUCCCUUCCCAUUAACCUCUCCCUCCUCUUGUCUCGAGUGCUCCUCCCCUAUAAACUUCCCCUCCCUCGCUCUCCCUUUCUGUCUCUCUCACAUCGAUCUCCUUCGCUCCGCGACGAUGUCGAGCCGGAGGUCGACAAGGAUCACCGAAGAGGAGAUCAGCGAGCUCAUCUCCAAGCUCCAGUCGCUGCUUCCGGAGGGCCGCCGCAGAGGCAACAGCCGGAUGCAGGCUUCGGCGACGAAGCUGCUGAAGGAGACGUGCAACUACAUCAAGAGCCUGCACCGCGAGGUCGACGACCUCAGCGACCGCCUCUCCGACCUGAUGGCCGGCAUGGACAACGACAGCGCCCAGGCCGAGAUCAUCCGGAGCCUCCUCCGGUCCUGAGCGCCGUGCCGUGCCGUGCUGUGCUGUGCUGCGCCGCCAAGUUAGCCCCUCCAACGUACCACUCCUAAUAGAUAAAUCUAUAUAUAUAUUUAUAAGCUUCUAGGGUAACUAGAUCUCAUUAAUGUACGUACUUAUAUAUUAGAUCCUAGCUAGGCUUUAUAAUGCCGUAGCAUUAGCUCUCCAUUCCCUACCUCUUCUUCUCCUUUUCCUCUUUUUUUUUUUUUUUUUUUUUUUUCAAUUUUAUGCACAUCUUCUUUGAGGUGUGGCUCGAGUUGCUUCUACUAUGGCAACCGACCAACCACUACUUAGGAAAAUUAUCAUGUAAUCCAGCUCUUACUCAGUUUCCAUUAUAUAUAUAUAAAUAUAUAUAUAAAUAUAAAACCUUAUUUUAUAUAUACAUAUAUAUAUAUGCUCAUUUUCA